GCUGGGAAGCCUGUCUUCUUCUUAGUUCAUCGAGACCAUUACACAAACAGUUGGAGGACGAAGUGGGUGUGGGUGUGGCUGCGAGCGAGAAUCAAUGUCGUCGGUGUACGUGUCGGAGCCGCCAACGAAGGGGAAGGUGAUAGUCAAAACGACGUACGGACCACUGGACAUAGAGCUCUGGCCCAAAGAGGCUCCCAAAGCCGCGAGGAACUUCGUGCAGCUAUGUUUGGAGGGUUACUACGAUAACACCAUCUUCCAUCGCAUCAUCAAAUCCUUCCUCGUUCAAGGUGGCGACCCCACUGGUGCCGGCUCAGGUGGAGAAAGUAUAUAUGGAAGUGUAUUUGCUGAUGAGUUCCAUUCACGUUUAAGAUUCAACCACAGGGGUAUUGUUGCAUGUGCAAAUGCUGGCCCUCCACAUUCAAAUGGAAGCCAAUUCUUUAUAACUCUGGAUCAUUGUGAUUGGCUUGACAGAAAGCAUACCAUAUUUGGAAAGGUCACUGGGGAUUCAUUAUAUAAUCUUCUAAGGUUAGGCGAUGUUGAAACUGAUAAGAAUGAUCGGCCACUGGAUCCUCCGCCAAAGAUAACUUCUGUUGAUGUAUUAUGGAACCCUUUCGAUGAUAUUGUUCCUAGAGUAGCACCUGCCAAGUCUUUGCCCUCUUCCACAAUUGAUGCUGACAACAAAGCCUCCAAGAAGAAACCUGUUAAAAAACUAAACUUGCUUUCAUUUGGAGAAGAAGCUGAAGAAGAGGAAAAGGAACUGGCUACUGUAAAGACUAAAAUAAAGAGUAGUCAUGAUGUAUUGGAUGAUCCUCGCCUCCUGAAAGAAGAAAGUUUGAAUAAAGAAUUGAGCUCAUUUGAAGUCAAGAAAUCAAGGGACGUGCAAUUAAGUGUAAGAGAAGCUUUAAGCUCAAAGAGAGAAGAUCUCCAAAAGGAAUCAGGAGCUGAAUUUCCUGAGUCCCUUUAUUAUAGUGAUGAUGAUGAGGCCAGCUUUGAUGUACGAAUGCGCCUUCAAAUACUUAGAAAGCGGAAGGAGCUAGGGGAUCCCCCAACUAAGCAAAAGUUUCAGAAAGAGAAUUCCAGCCCAAAGGACCUUGAGAGAUCACCACCAAGGUCUAAUCUUGAUAGCUCUGAUGACCAGCCAAAAGUGGCAAAAUUGUACUUGAAGAAAAAAGGAGUUGGCUCAGAAGCCAGGUCUGAACAGAUGGCUAAAGCUGAUGCAGACUUACAAUUGCUAGGUGAAGCUGAACGGGAAAGACAGUUGCAGAGACAGAAGAGGCGCAGACGUCAAGGACAUGAAGAUGAAGUCCUGGCAAAGCUGGAGAAGUUUAAGAAAGCCAUUUCUGCAACAAAUGAUGAAUCUAAUGGCAAGCCUGAAGGUGGUAAAGAUGAGAACCUAUCUGACUGGACAACAGUUGAUCUGAAGUUUGCACCUGAGCCUGGCAAGGAUAAUAUGUCGCGCAGUGAUGAUCCAAAUGAUUAUGUGGUGCAUGACCCGCUCUUGGAGAAAGGCAAAGAGAAGUUCAACAGAAUGCAGGCAAAGCAGAAGCGAAGGGAACGAGAAUGGGCUGGCAAAUCUCUUACAUGAUCUUCUGGUUAAGCUGAGGGUGGCUUGUGAAUACGCAUAUUUCAAUGUGGCUGGAACAAGUGAAAGGGGCAACACAUGUGAUGCAUGAGAUGAAUUGUCCGAGCUGUCAGCUGUCAGGAAAGGGGAGCCACAAUAUUUAUUGACCGAUUUAACUCUUUUAAAAAAGUAUACUCUCUCACCCCAAGGCUGCCUGAUCGUAUGUUGAGAGCUUGGGAUGGAGUGGAAACUGCCUUAUUUUUAUGUAAUGCUUGUUGCCGUUUCAGGCAUUUCAGUAGCACUUGUUGUUUAGUAAUAUCUGUGUUUCCUGGUUCAAAAAUUGAUUUGUAAAGGGGUUUUACAGGGCAUCACGGACGUCACCCGCUUUUGUUUGUUAGAUUCUUUUGUUUUGGGAUGCAAUGCAAGUGAAGGAGCUUUGUUUG